AUGAGCACGCGCCAGUUUGACGGGGCUGCGUACGUGCGUGUCGAAACAGAUCCGCUGUUGAGCGAUGUGGACGUGGAACCACAGCCAUCUCUUCUCAGGUCUUACAGGUGUUACUGCGCUGUUUGCGCCUGCUCCUUGCUCGCGCUCGUGCUCCCUCCUUGGCUGUACUUUUUUCUCGUGAAGACCACCGCUGGUAUGGCGGUCGGACGUUUCCUCACGAUCGAUGACCUGAUGGUCCAGGAGUUCUGCCAUCAAGGUUUGACAAUGGAAAAUAUCACGUAUAACAACUGGUGGCCAGGGUGUCUAUACGGAACGCCCAGGCAGAAUUGUACAGACCCAUGUUAUGACGUGAGCAUCCUCGAGAGGAUGGACGCUUUCAACAAACAGUACCCGGGACAGCUCGUGACAUACCAGUCUCGUUCUGGUCCCAUGGAUGCGGUCGAGUUGACAGGAUGGUGGCUGCCAGCGCCCAACGAGUCGGCAGCGCCCAGAAUCGUGCUGCAGCACGGGUUCGAGCAGAAUUCGAACGCCCAUUCUCCGCAGCUUGCUGCGUACAUGCUCCGCUCCCUUGGGUUCAGCGUCUUCCUGCCGAACCUCCGAGACCACUGCUACUCGAGCAACACCUCCGAGCACGUCUAUCAGUGGAGCAGCGCUUACCCUCUUGACCUGCUGGGCGCCUGGGACUACGUGGUGGCCGACCCCAACGGCCUCCUCGGCGGGCAGCGGGAAGCCAGGCACGUGGGGCUCCAGGGGUUCUCCCAGGGCGCCUUCGUCGCCAGCGCUGCGUUCGGCUUAGACAGAAGAAGGGCCGCGCGCCGGCGGCCUGGGUGGACGCCGGGCCCUGGACGCCCCGGGCGGCGUUCGACUGGCGUGCCCCGAACGGCGCCCGCCGGGAGUUCGAGGAUCUGGGGCUGGGCUUCGCGGCCGGCGCGCUGGUGUCCAGCCACCCGCGGUCGGCAGGUUCGCUGCCGAGGGGGGCCACUGGGGGCCCCGCCCCCCAGGACCAGCCAGGCAGGACCCUCCCAGUGGGGGCCGGGUGCAAAGCAGCCCAGGUCUCGGGUGGGACUUGGGGAAGCGGGGAUGAUGCGUUCCCCGAAGGGACUCCAGCGAGAGGGACUUCUGAGACCGCGGCGUUGCAUCUGA